UUGUCAGGUCUCUUUGGUGGGUUUAAAAUGGCAUCAAGCUACGUUUCACUUGUGAAGGAAAGCAUUGUGCUGCUUGAUAAGUUCAGAGCUGACAGGCGAUGUCUGGAUGACUUUAUAGAGGAUGCUUUGAAGGAUCUGGAGACAACUGAUACUCUUCAGAGGACAUUUAUCCUUGAUGUUGUUUCUGGAUGCACUGAAUACAAAAAGUUGUUGGAUGUUGUUGUCAAUGCAUUUUAUGGCCAGAAGGGGAAACAGCUGUCCAGAGGUGAUCACAGCCAGUAUGUCGUUAUUUGCUACCUCACCAUGUUUGCUCUUGAUGAACUUGGCCUGCAGCACUUUUGCAACAUUGUCAAAUCUCUGGGCAUCAAGAAGAUGCACACAUUCUUGAGUUUCUUCUUCUCAAACCUUACUUCAUGGAUACAAGAAGAGUGGAACGGUAUAUAUGAUGCUGCCUUUGUGGAGAAGCACUGGAUGGGCCCAUUGCUCAGGUGGCGUCCUGAGAUCAAUACCCUCAUGGAUCAGCUUGCUGCCAAAAUAUCUCAAGGGAGUCAGAUCAAGAAAGCUCCAGUUAAAACCACCAAGCCCCUGGAGUUCUCACUGACCAAACCUAAACCCAGACCUCUUCUGAUGCCAGAGCUCAUCCCACAGCAGGAAAAAUGCAAACCAGUACCAGACAGCACCUACAGGGCUCCGAAGGAGACACAGAUAAUAGGAGAGAUCAAAGAAAAGAACCAUCAAAAGGCUGAGGAGCUUCUGUAUGAGGCAAAUAUAACACAGUUCAGAUGUGUAAAUCCACAAAAGUCUGAACACACUCAGAGAUCGGUUGCCCAGAUUAUGGAGGAACAGGACUCAAAGCUCCAGUUUAACUCAUUUCAAGCCUCUGGACUUCCUCCCACUAUUAAGCGGGCUAACAGCCGUUCCGUCAAGCUGAACAACGCGGCCAUUCUGAGGAGAGAGGCUCUGUGCGACCGUGAGGUGGAGAAGGAGCUGCAGAGAAUCCAGCAGCUGUUGCAGGGAGGCCGAGAGCCUUCAUCCUUCCUGCAGUGGCAGAGGGAGAUGCUCCAGAGGGACCUUCAGGAGAGGCUGCCCAUGAUCGAGCGAAAACGCCUGGAGACACGGAUCACUGACGAGGAGGUGGCUUUGGCCCGUAAACAAGUUGUGGAGCGUAACCAGAGGGCUGCACAGCUAAAGAAAGAAGAAACUGCCCAACUGAUGCAGAGAUACGCCGAAAAGCGUUUGCAAGAGGAAAAAGAACUGAGAGACUUGGUGCAACAGGUCGCAGAGGGCCACAAGAAUUCAAAAGCAGCUCAAGAGAAACUGCAGAAGUGGAAGCAAAGCAUUGUGAAGGAAGUCUCGCAGCAAAGCCAGGAGCUCCUUCGUCAAGCACUAGAAGAAGAACAAGCAAAGCUUCACAGACGAUUUGAGAUAAUCCAUGAAAUCCACUCCAUCGAAUCGCUUCCUCACAUCAGAGUCAACAAAUUUGACGAAACGCAGACUGCAGGCCACGAGCUGAGGGCGGAGAUGUCGCUGGCCGAGCUGAAGGAGCGGCUGGCCCUGCUGAGGGCGGCGCGGCAGUCAGAGGAGGAGGAGAGACGGAGCCACAUCCUGGAGGAGAAGCAGCAGCAGAAGAAGCUCCUGCUGGAGAGGCUGGACGCCAUUGAAACCCACAGAAGAGAACUCGUAAAGGCUUCUGACACCAGGAAAGAGGAGAAGAAGGCCAAGCAGGACUUCUUCCAGCAGGUGGUGGCUCAGGAUGAGACUGUUUUGGCUCUAAGGAGGAAGCUCGAGGAGAAAAAACAGGAGCGCCAGAGAUGGAAACACACGGAAAGCAGUGACGCCAAACCCAGUAGACGGACAACGGCGCCCACUGUGGGCCACGCGGGGAACCACAGACAGAGUUUAAAUGAGAAAAGCUGGGAGGAGCUCGAACAGAACUUAAUGCGCUGCAUCCAGGACACUCCGGAUGACAUUUCAUGGAGAGAUACACCUAAAACUCAAUAUUAAUAUGUUAAAUGUUGCAACAUUUAAUAUAUAUAUAUAUAUACAUAUAAUUUUAAAAGUAAACAACUUCUCUCUUUGCUCAUAAAAUUCAGUUUCAUACAUAAAAACCUGACUCAUCAACACAGAUUGCU